CGUUGUUAUGAAUGUUUGAGAAGAAUUAAUGGAUUUAUGCAGCUGGUGAACCAUGGGGUCAGCACAACGCUGCUGGAGAAACUGAAUCAUGAGGUUGAGGAAUUUUACAGGCUUCCUUUGGAAGAGAAGCUGAGAUACAGGAUAAGGGAAGGUGAGUUGGAAGGGUAUGGAACCAGGAGCAGAGGAGAUGGCAAGUUCGAUUGGAUCGACACUUUCAAUAUAGUCACUAACCCUGUCCUUAAACGCAAGCCUCAUCUCUUCUCACAACUCCCUCCAUCUUUAAGGAGUGCGAUGGAGUGUUACUUGUCGGAACUCCAGAAGCUUGCCAGGAAACUAAUAUGUUUGAUGGGGAAAGCAUUGAAAAUCGAUGAAAAGGAGAUGAAGGAGUUGUUCGAUGAUGGGUUGCAGGCGGUGAGGAUGUCGAAUUAUCCUCCGUGUCCACAACCGGAGCUGGUGAUGGCCCUUACUCCUCACUCUGCUAUUACUCUUCUCACAAUCCUACACCAAGUUAAUGGAGUGGAUGGCCUUCAAGUUAAGAAAGAUGGCCAUUGGCUGCCUUUCAACUUCAUCCCAGAUGCCUUUGUGGUCAAUGUCGGAGACAUUUUUCAGAUAUUUAGCAACGGGGUAUAUCACAGCAUUGAGCACAGGGUUUCGGCCUUCAGAGAGACAGAGAGAAUGACGGUUACCUUCACCGAGCUUCCCAAUUCCGAGGCAGACGUCGGACCAUCACCGAGUCUCUUAAAUGAAGAUAACCCUCCGUUAUUCAGAACGGUGGGAAUGGAGCAAUACUUCAAUGAUUUCUUAACCCGCAAGCUAUAUGGAAAAACAUAUCUGGACCAUAUGAGAAUUCAAAAUGGACAUCAACAAAGCUCUACAUGAACUUGUGUUUUGAUUGAAUAA